UAUUUUCCAGAUAAAUGAGCUCGGAAGGAGAUCGGAGAGAGGAUCCGGAACGGAAGGAAGAGGAGGAGGAGGAGGAGGAGUUCGAAGAUGCAAAUUCAGAUUUAAAUGAUAUGACACGUCCUAGUGAAUGGAGUCCAGGAGAUGAAAAUAUUGGAUCUCCCGCUGUUUCGGAUGAAAAAGAUGAUUCUACGGAGGAGGGAGAAAAUAAAGACUUUACGGAUGCUAAAGUAGACUCUGUUGGUAACUCUGUAGGUUCUGUAGAUUAUGUAGACGAGGACGGGUUGGAGGAGGAGGAGAAGAAUCUGACCGAGGAGAUAAAGGAGGAGAAGAGGAUGCAGGCAAACCAGUUCAAGGUCGAGGGGAAUAAUCUAUACAAGGAUGGAAAAACUGCAGAAGCUGUUGAUAAGUAUACUGCAGGACUACGGAUAUGUCCUCUAAGCUUUGCCAAGGACCGAGCUGUCCUCUAUGCUAACCGAGGACAAAUGAAACGUGUCCUAGGACUGAAUGACCAGGCUGUGAAGAACUGUAGUAGAGCUGUAGAACUGGAUCCGGAGUAUAUGAAAGCUAUUCUUAGAAGAGCAGAGAUAUAUGAGGAGACAGAUAAACUAGAUGAAGCUUUAUCAGAUUACAAGAAAGUUUUAGAACUCGAUCCAACACAAUUAGAAGCAAAUAGGGCAGUCAGACGUCUUCCACAGAAGAUCGAUGAGCGGAAUGAGAAGCUAAAGGCGGAGAUGAUGGAUAGUCUGAAGAAACUCGGGAACAUGGUUCUUAAACCAUUCGGACUCUCCACAGAUAAUUUUAACCUGGAGCAGGAUCCAAACUCCGGGGGGUACAAUAUACAGUUCAAUCAGAAGAAACAGUGAUAUUAGUUCUGUUCAGUGAGAUCAAACUGUAAUUUUAUUUCCGUUAAUCAUGACACUCAACUCUAAAGAUUUAAUUCGUUUACAAAUCAUGUUCUCCUGUAGCCGAUUUUUAUAAACAUAGAAGUUAACACUACUUUUUUCUAGUCACCCUGUGCAGUGUGCAUUUAAUUACAUUUCUAAUGUUGAUAUUACUGUUUAUCUAAAUGAUAAAUAUAUGGCUUUAAAACAUGAUUAUAUUUAAGAACCGUAAUUCUCAUUCUAAAACCUUGAAAAACAAUUGUGAAUUUUAAAUAAUCUAUACUUACAAAAUUCUGAUUCUGAAACCAGUACUGUACCAGUGCGGAUGGUUUUAUAAUAGUACAUGAUUGAGAUUUUUAGGUACCGCUGAAAGUUUCAGCGCCUAUGUUUGUGAAACAGAAUUAAGAAAUAUAAACAUUGUAAAUGUCAUACACAUGAUUGCUGUUCAUGUAUUGCAGAA